AAAUAUACGACUCAUUCGCGACCCAUCACAGUACGACCGCAUUCGUGAAGAAAAAAUACGUUACUUCAGCAUACAUUUUGUAUUGCUGCGAUAUCGACAUGAGGCUCCUAAUUCUCUUAGCCUCGAUCGGGGCUAUAGUGAUCGCUAAACCAGAAAAGUACAGAGAGAAGGAGGAUUUCGAAUACUCACGAAGCUCCUCCGACGAUGGGACCAAAGCUGGAUUCUACGGCGCUCAAAGAGGCAACAUGGGAGGAAACUACGAGCACGCUCACAACAUGGACAUGCUGGCUCAACACCAAAUGAGCUCCCUGGUGAGACAGGUGGACGGGGAACUCGGAACGGGAGCGAACCAGCGCACCGGCAGUGUCUUCACCUCGGGCAGCUCCAGAGGAGUAUACGGCUCGGGAAUGUACGACUUGAGUAACCUCAAAGGACGCAACUUCGACGAAUCUCACGCCUUCGGUGGCUCCCAUUCGUCCUUAUCGUCCAGCUCCGGAGCCGCUACGAAUUUGGGCUUCGGACACGAGCACGCCUCGAGCGACUCGAGAUACAGCAGCAGCCAAUCGCAGAGUGCCAUCGAAAGGUCGCGAUACCGUCACCACUCGUCUGCCGAAUCCUCGUCUGAUCUCGUUAUGGGAGGACACCGAGAGGAGAGCCUGCACGGCGGUAUGACUCAAAGCGAAUACGACCAGCAGGCUGCCAGUAAUUAUUACUCCGGCAGCAAUGGAUACAACUCGAACGGAAGAUACGUUAACAGUGUUCCUGCAAAGGUUUACAUCAGACCGGGCCAGAAAGUCACGAUACCGAUUUCCUCUCAGACGUACGACGCCUCCCACUACAACGCACAUUUACACGACGAAAACUCUGUAAAUUCUGAUGCCGAGAUAAUUAGCAGCGGACACGUCGUAAGCAUUAAGCCCGUAGUUAAACACUACGAAUCUUCUUACAAGUACAAAAAGGAAUGGGAGAAACAUGACACGCAAACGUUUGCGACCCCUACGGAGAAUCCUUUCCCGCAAAACAUCGAAAAUUUCGACAGUUUACAAGUAUCACAAGGAUUACAUCACCGCGAUAACUUCGACGUUAAUAGCCACAGCAGUUCUCAGCUAAACAAAUUUAACAGUGCUCAUUCAAACGCAUACAGCACCGGUAGCAAAGCAUCGUCGUUUCAUCAAUCGGGAUACAAUUCCGGCUUAACCGCUGAGUCGCAAAAUUUGGAUUCAUCUUUUGCAGGGUCGCAUUCAAAAGAUUACUUACACGCGGGGAUCGGUGCAGGUAAUAUGGUUGAAGAUAUAAGUUCUCGACCCAAGCAUUACCAGUCCUCCUACUCAUACCACAAGGCAUGGGAGAGGCAAGGAGACCCUUAUGUUAUUGUACCUGACAGCAGUGCUGGUGGAAGCGAAGUUCAGUCGUCACAAAAAUUCACCGCCGCUUCAGAGAAUUAUGGUCAAUCGUCAUCGCACCAUGGUUCACAUUAUAGUCAAUCUCAAAAAGGUUAUUCCAGUGGUUGCAGUAUUGAUUGCGUCAAUGGCCAUAUUCGAGUUGCUCGAUCCUACAAGCCCGACGCAGAAAACUUGGAGCAACAGAGCCAAACUGAAUGGGCGAACGUAGAAGACUUGGGGCAACAGACUCAAGAGAAAUGGGAAAAUUUAGAUAACUUGGGUCAACAAGUACAAGAAAACUGGGAUCAUGUAGGUGAUUUAACUCAGCAGCAACAGAGUAAAUGGGAGACUCAAGAAGAUCUAGGGCAGAAAAGUCAAAAUGUGUGGGACAACUUAGACAACUUAAGUCAACAAUCACAAACAAAAUGGGACAAAAUAGAAGUAUUGGAUCAACAAAAAGAAAAUAAAAAUGACAAACAAGUUGUAGGACAAAAACCACAAAACUCAUGGGACAAGCUCAAAGAUUUAGAGCAAAAACCAAAUGUGAAACCUUUUGAUUUGCACAAAGAAUCACCAAACACCCAAGAAAGUGUCAGCGAUCGCCCACGAUACGUCACAUGGGGUGAAUACCAAAAUUUUGGACAACAAGCUCAAAAUAGUUGGAACAACGGGGAUCACGUACAUCAUGAUCAUCACCACCGACAUAUUGUACAUGAAGACCAAAGCAACAAGUAUAACAACAUGCAUGACAUGUUUAACCAAGAAUUUGAGAACUGGAAACUUAUGCAAAGUAUAUAUUCUCAACAUUUGGCCAACAAACAACGAGAAAAUUAUUAUAAUUCGUUUGGUAACAAUAUAAAUACACAACAAGGUGGAUAUCAAUUUGGACACAGACAUGGUAGUAAUUGUCAUCACUCACAAGACGCGUCACUUAUCAAUACAAACUACCAAAACUCAUGGAAUACAUUUGGACAAGAACAUGUUCACUACAAGCAUUUCUCUGACUUUUGGAAUAACCAGCACACAAAUGGAGAUAUAUUUACAACGCAACAGGAACCACAUUUAGUUCCAACACAGACUAUGGCAGAAAAUAAUAAGGAAGACUUCUCAAUUCAUAACUUCUGGGACAAAUUAGAUAAAAUCGAUAAUACUGAACAAACACAAAAUAUACAUCAAUUUAAUGUUGAUAAAUCCACUGAACAAACAGUAAAUAAACAAACAGAAUCUAAAUUAGACUUUGAGAAGAAUGUUAAUAUUAAUGAGGAUAUGGAAGAAUCACUCGUGGUACAUCCAGUUGAUGUGGGUCGUGGUGAUAUUGGUGCCGAAGAUCUAACAAGUGAAUCGUUAUCAACUGAACAAAACAAGGACAAAGGUACACCAAGUUCCACAGUUAUUAUAAACAAAGAAACCAAAUAUCACAAUUUAGAUCAAAGCUCACAGAAAGCAGAAUCUCAUGAUAGAACUACUACUGAAGAUUCCUUAGACUUAAGUGUUGUAGGUCUUGAAAACGUGCCGAGCGAAACGAAAUAUAAUCAAAAUAGUUACAACAAAAAACCUAAAGAUAAUACUGAAAUUGAAAAUACUAGUCAGGUUAGUUCAAAACCAUCAAACGUUGAAAAAAUUAAUCAGGAGGCCAAUUACAUGCAGCAUAAUGCAGAUCAACAAUUUGUAGAUUGGAUGAGGCAGCCAAAUUCAGGCCAUGAAUCAGAAGAUUUUGGACAGCAACAGAACAAUGAUCAACAAUUAGAAAACUUCACGCCACCAAAUACUGAUCAACAGUUAGAAGACUUUGGACAGCAACAAAACAAUAAUCAACAAUUAGAAGACUUUAAGACACUCAAUACUGAUCAACAGUUAGACGACUUUGGAAAGCAACAGAACAAUGAUCAACAAUUAGAAGAUUAUAAGCACCCAAGUACUGAUCAAAAGUUAGAAGAUUUUGCACAUCAACAAAGCAAUGAUCAACAAUUAGAAGACUUUAAGAAAUUAAAUAAUGAUCAACAGUUAGAAGACUUUGGACAGCAACAAAACAAUGAUCAACAAUUAGAAGACUUUAAGACACUCAAUACUGAUCAACAGUUAGAAGAUUUUGCACAUCAACAAAAAAAUCAACAAUUAGAAGACUUCAAGAAAUUAAAUACUGAUCAACAGUUAGAAGACUUUGGACAACAACAGAACAGUGAUCAACAAUUAGAAGAUUUCAAGCAUUUUAAUACUGAUCAACAGUUAGAAGAUUUUAUACAGCAACAAACCAAUGAUCAACAAUUAGAAGACUUCAAGAAAUUAAACGCUGAUCAACAGUUAGAAGACUUUGGUCAGCAACAGAACAAUGAUCAACAAUUAGAAGACUUUAAGCAACAGCAUACUGACCAACAACUAGAAGACUUUAAGCAAUCUAAUACAGAUCAACAGUUAGAAGACUUCGGACAGCAACAGACCAAUGAUCAACAAUUAGAUGAUUUUGGGCAACAAGUGCAAGAUCAGCAAUUAGAAACAUUUGGAGAAGUUAACAAGCAACAUCAAGGAUUUGAUUUUGAACACACACAACAUUUCACACAGGAAGUACCAAAUAAUGAAAAACAACAAGAAAGAAAAAUUUAUGCAGAAGAUAGAUCUCUGCCAAAGUUACAAGCACAUGAAGAACAAAAUAGUAGACUACAUGAGUCAGUGAUUCCUCCAGAACCUGUGGUAACUACGGAAAAACCUGGAUUUUGGAAGUCAGUAGGGAACAAGUUUACAGGGGCGAAAGACACUGUUGCUGGAUGGUUUAAAAGAAGUUAAUGUGUUUUUUCGCUAAAGACGGUGGCAAAUAUGAACUAAAAAUACAUAAAAAGCAGUAUUAUCUAUUUUGAACAUAAUAUAUCAAUAAAGUGAAUAACAAAAUUUGGCUUACCUCUGGCAGGGUGUUGUAAUACUUAAUGAAUGCCUGUUGUUGCACUGAACCUAAAAUGAUAAGCAUGAUUUAUAAUUUUAAAAACAUGUUAUUUA